ACUGGUGGCUCCUAGUCCACAAUACAUUGCUAGCAAAGCAGAUGCGCUGCUUUUAAGAAAAUGGCAAACAGCUUCUUCGUGCUGGCCAUCUGUCUCCUGGGAUGUCACCUCUGUGGCGAAUGUGCAGUUUUUAUAAACCAGGAUGAGGCGAAUGCCAUUUUGCCACGCUACAAAAGGUACAACUCUGGGCGGCUGGAAGAAAUGGUUCAAGGAAACCUCGAGCGCGAGUGCCAGGAAGAAAGAUGCAGCUAUGAAGAAGCAAGAGAAGUAUUUGAAAAUGAUGAGAAAACGAUGGAAUUCUGGAAGGUAUACCUUGACGGAAACCAGUGUGACUCAAACCCCUGUUUGAACGGAGGUCGGUGUGAAGAUGAUAUCAGUAACUACAUAUGCUGGUGUUUGGGUGGUUAUGAAGGAAGGAACUGUGAAUUAGAUGCUACUUGCUCCACAAAGAAUGGAGGUUGCAAACAGUUUUGUAAGAAUGGCCCAGGAGGGAAAGCAUCCUGUUCCUGUGCUUCUGGCUAUAGGCUUCAGGAUGAUCAGAGGAGCUGUGAGCCAACAGUGCCCUUCCCAUGCGGAAAGGUCACAGCUCAAGAGGCAGUAAAGAAGCUCACCCGCUCAAUGCCAAAUACAUUUGACGACUGGUUGCUCACCAACACUACGGAUGACCUUGAGGAGGAGUCAGGAGACAAUGCCACCCAGGUUGUUUCCAAAAUAGGAGCCAGAAUUCGAGUGGUUGGUGGCAUGGACAGCAAGAAAGGGGAGAUUCCUUGGCAGGUUUAUAUCCUCAACGAAGAGCAGAAAGGAUUCUGUGGAGGCUCAAUCGUGAAUGAAAGAUGGAUCGUCACUGCAGCCCACUGCCUUGAGUAUGUGCCCCACACUGUUGUGGCAGGUGAGCAUAACGUCAACAUCGAUGACGGCACUGAACAGCGUCGCCGGGUGAUCAGAACGGUCCCCCACCCAACCUACAACGCUAGCAACAAGUACCACAAUGACAUUGCCCUUCUUGAGCUGGACUCGCCGCUGGAGUUCAACCAGUAUGCCGUUCCCAUUUGCAUCGCGGACAAAGAGUUCACCAACAGCCUGCUCAAGCACAGCGUCGGCACUGUGAGUGGCUGGGGGAAGCUGGCGUUCCAAGGAAGGCUGGCUAGCAUCCUACAGGUUCUCAAAGUGAAAUACAUUGACCGGCCAACCUGCCUAAGGAGCACCAGGUACCCCAUCUUGCCCAACAUGUUCUGUGCUGGCUACUCAGAUGAAGAGAAGGAUACAUGCCAAGGGGACAGCGGGGGCCCUUACACCGCAGACAUUGAAGGCACCUGGUUCCUAACAGGGAUAACCAGCUGGGGGGAGGAGUGUGCGAAAAAGGGCAAAUAUGGCGUCUACACCAGAGUUUCAAAAUACAUUAAGUGGAUAAAAGACAUGACAAGUUUGAAUGCAAAUUAACCCAAAGUUGUGAUAGGGGGAGAAGUUUUGAAAAUCCUUUUAGAUUUGCAUUUCUCCAAAUUUUCCAAAGCAGUUAUCUCCAGCCAAAAGUACCUGUGCAGUAGGGUAAUAUAUGCAUAGAAAUGGCAAAUAUAUAUUCAAGAAAAUAACAUUUUAAAAAACGAGAGCAUUUGGUGAAAUCAGCAUUAAAAUGCUGGUGGAUUUUCAUAAGGAAUUCCUGCCCCCAAAGAGACUGCAAAUUAGAGGUGUGGAAAACUUUAUUUUAAAAUUGGGAAUAAAUGAGAAACAGGGAGAAAUUGAAAAUGACUGAUUUGCCCAUCCUUGCCGAAAUGUAUUCCAAAGAAACAUAUGAUUGUGGGAAGGGGGCAAUGCAUA